CAGAAAGACCACCAAAAAGGGGAAAAGAAAGAAAAAAAGAUUCUGCUUUUUCAAGAAUUUGGCGGGUAAUAUUCAUUAUCAGCAGGCAUGAAGCUGAUGAAGCUAAGAUCAAAGAAGUUCUCCAGAAGCAACUCCAACAAUAACAAGCCAGAAAACGGUGGUGGCAACAGUCCAAUUAACGGAGGAGGAGGAGGUGGUGAGAUCAAAUGGGAGGUACGGCCGGGAGGAAUGCUGGUUCAGAAGAGAGAGCAAUGCGGAGACAGCAGCAGUAACAGUGCUGACAGCGGGGAAGGCCUCAUCACUCUCAGAGUCUCCACCGUCUCCAAAUUCUAUGAUAUUUCCGUUCAAUCAACUUCAACUUUUGGAGAACUGAAGUUGAUACUUUCACUGGUGACUAAUUUGGAACCAAAUGAGCAGAGGUUACUGUUCAAAGGAAAGGAAAGAGAAGACUGUGAAUACUUGCACAUGGUUGGAGUAAGGGACAAAGACAAGGUGCUGCUUUUAGAAGAUCCAGCCCUGAAAGAGCGGAAGAAGCAGCUUCUGGGGGGUUUUGCCGGAGUUGGAUCAGGAGGAGAAGUCAUCGGAUCUCCUUACCGCACCAUCAGUGUUUAAAAUAAAAUAAAAUAAAAUAAAAAUCACUGCUGCAAAUACUGGAGCACUACUACUAGUACUCUUCAGUGCCUUCCUUCCCACCUAAUAUUUCCGACUGACCACCGCCACCUCCAGUGCCACCAGCAGCUAAUUGAAAAUGAUGAUAGAGACUACUAGUUUAGAGUAAGAGUACUAGUAUACUUAUUAUUAUUAUUAGUAUUAAUUUCUUUCCCGUCUUAAACAAAUCGACAGUGCUGUAGUUGGUGAUGAAUCUUUUCACCAACUUAAUUAUAAUUCUAGAGUAGUCUGUUGGUAGUUUUAUAGUGGUAUUUGAUGUCGGUCCGGGGCAUCUUAAUCAGUACGCUGCCCCGCCGGUGGCCGAUGCAUCAUGUCCGCGUCAUUUUCAUUAGUUUAUUUCGAAGAUUAUAUAUUAUGGAGUCAUGAAUGCUACUAUAUAUAUAUAUAUAUAUAUAUUUUUUGUCAACAUAGGAGAGAAAGCGCCCCCAAUCCAUUCCGAGCAUGUUAACAGCGGGACUUGAACAUUAGUGAACAUGCCUAAAGAGAAACAACCGCACCGGUCGAGCUACCGCUGGAGGCAGGAAUGCUACUAUUCCCUAUGACACCACACAACUACUACCGCUCCAAAAUUCUUGUAAAGAAACUGUUUAACAUAUUUGCUAGUGCUAGGUACUACUGCUCCUGUAAUAAAUUUCUUUC